AUGUGUUCUAAAGAACUUGCUGAGGAAUCUUUGAAGCCGAACAAACUACAGAGACACAUGGAAACUCACACAAAUGUUGCUGUACUUUCAGAAGAGGCUCGCAAAAGAAUUUUUCAUCAUCUUUAUAAAAAUCUGACUAAGUCUCAGUUAAUUUUAAGCAGAGCACUAUCUCACAAGGAAAGGAUGGAAAUGUUCUCAUAUAAGACAGCUUUUUUCAUUGCUCAGCAAAAACGUCUUUUCACGGAGGGUGAGGCUAUCAUAAAGCCAACUUUAAGGAACUUUUGCGAAGUAUUUGAGGGUGAACCAUUUGCCAAAAAGAUAACUGAAGCUGUUGAUGAUGCUACGCUGAGUAACAACGCAAUGACAAGACGCCUCCAGUGUCUUGCAGCAGAUCUGAAAGAACAAAUUUUGGAAGACUUCAGAAAUUCCCCAUGGACAGUCCUGGCAGUGGACGAGUCAACUGAUAUUACAUCACAGCCGCAGCUUCUGAUCUUCGGAAGAUUUCUUAAGGAAUCCUCAGUAGCUGAGGAACUGCUUGCUUGUAUUUCACUUGAAACUGCAACACGAGGCGAGGAUAUUUUCAGUGCUAUAGAUAAGUUCUUCACUGAAAACAACUUGGAAUGGAGUAAGGUAACUGAAUGCAGCAUGGAUGGUGCCCCAUCAAUGAUGGGCAAGAACAUUGGAUUGGGUGGAAUUUUAUCAAGAAAACAUCCUCACAUUAAAACAAACCACUGCAUCAUCCAUCGCCAGAGUCUGGCAUCAAAAGACAUGUUUCAGAGCUUCUCUGAUGUGAAGCAGGUAGUCAUUGCAACUGUCAAUUACGUGAAGGCUAAGGACCUGAAUUCCCGCAUGUUCAAACAGUUGUGCAUUGCUGAAAAUUGUAAUCACCACACACUGCUGAUGCAUACUGUUGUCAGGUGGCUGUCACGGGGAAAAACCUUAGAAAGGGUUUUCCUCCUUCUCAGUGAACUGGCAUCCUUCCUGCAAGAUCGGGGUCAUAAGAAUACUUCAGUGAAAUAA